AUGACUUGUAUUCUGUACGUUGUUGUGUGCGGUGAUCUUAUGAUUGGCACUUUCCCUGAUGGCUCCAUCGACACCCGAUCUUGGAUGAUGCUUACCGGCAUUUUCCUUUUGCCGUUGGCAUUUCUGAAGUCUCUCAAAAGUGUGAGCAUGUUGUCGUUCUGGUGCACAAUGAGCCAUUUAAUAAUCAACGCUAUUGUCAUUGGCUAUUGCAUUCUUUACAUUGGCGAGUGGGGAUGGUCGAAAGUGAAGUGGAAUCUCGAUUUUGAAAAUUUCCCCAUCAGCUUGGGCGUCAUUGUGUUCUCCUAUACUUCGCAAAUAUUCUUGCCCACGCUCGAGGGAAAUAUGGAGGACAGAUCUAAAUUCGAAUGGAUGUUGAAUUGGUCCCACAUCGCAGCGGCUGCAUUCAAAUCGAUAUUUGGAUACAUUUGUUUCUUAACGUUCCAAAACGAUACGCAGCAAGUUAUCACAAACAAUCUAAGGUCUGCUGGAUUCAAAGGUCUCGUCAAUUUCUUCCUCGUGGUCAAAGCAGUGCUCAGCUAUCCUCUUCCUUACUAUGCGGCGUGCGAUUUGCUGGAACGCGUUCUCUUUAGAGGAAAACCUAAAACACCGUUCCCACCAAUAUAUGCUUUAGACGGUGAACUAAAAGUUUGGGGUCUCGCUUGGCGGCUCGGAGUGAUAAUGUUUACCAUUUUGAUGGCAGUGUUCAUACCCCAUUUCCUGAUUCUCAUGGGUUUUAUCGGCAGUUUCACAGGAACCAUGUUGAGUUUCAUCUGGCCAGCUUACUUCCAUUUGAAGCUGAAGGCCAAUCAGCUGGACAGUAGCACCGUCGCAUACGAUUAUUUCAUCAUGGGUUUGGGUGUCCUGUUUGGAAUUAUUGGCAUGUACGACUCCGGUUCGGCUCUAGUCAAAGCUUUCAAAAUCGGGCUGCCGUUUUAA